AUGGCUCGACAGUUCUGGGUUAUUAUAUGUUUGAAUAUUCUGCUCUUUACUGAAUGCUAUAAGAUUUUGGUCUUUUGCCCUCGAUUUAGCCACAGCCACAUAAUGUUCUUAGGCAAUUUAGCUGAUACUCUCGUUGCCGCUGGUCAUAAUAUUAUGACCAAAUUAUUAGGUGAUCUAUUCAAAAUUACUUGCGAGCAUAUAAAUUCGUUCAAAGAUGUACUUAAUCAGCUUAAAAACGAGGAUUUUGAUCUUGCAAUUACUGAAGUUUUCGAUCCUUGUUCACUUGGUUUUAAUUUAAUUUAUUUUGUGUCGCAACUAAAUUUUUUUCUUAUUUUUCAUGCGUCUAAAUUUAUUCUAAUUCAAAAUUAUGCACACUUCAAAUUCCUUUUCCAAAGAAUCACUGCAGUGCCGCUAUUCAUCGAAACAAUUCAUAUUAAUCAAUCAAAAGUGAUAUUGAUGUCUUUCGGAAGUGCUGCGAAUAGCUCUCUUAUGCCGGAAGAAAUGAAACAGUCAAUCCUAAAUACUUUAAAAAGUUUUCGUGAUAUAACCUUUAUAUGGAAAUAUGAAGUAGAUGAACAUCAGAUAGCGAAUAAUUACCAUAAUAUUUAUACGAAUAAAUGGCUUCCACAAAAUGAUAUUUUAGCUCAUCCAAAUUUGGUUGCUUUUAUAACACAUGGCGGGAUGAAUAGCAUUCUGGAAACUGUCAGUCAUGGUAAGCCAAUGAUUGUAAUACCACUUUUUGCCGAGCAAAAACGUAAUGCUCAAAUCAUAAUACGCGCGAAAAUCGGUGCAGUUUUGCGCACAAUGGAUAUAAGCACUCCAAAAUUUAAGAAUGCAAUUGAAGAAGUACUGGCACAUAAAAAAUACGCGGAAAAUGCACAACAUUUAGCCAAAAUGAUCAAAAAACGCCCAAUUUCACCAAAAGAAUUAUUUAUAAAACAUGUAGAAUUUGCUGCGGAGUUCGGCAAAAUUCGGAAUUUUGAUAUAGCCGGCCGGAAAAUGUCAUUUUUUUCUUACUUUUUGCUCGACAUUAUCGUUCCUUUCCUAUUAAUUAUUGCAGGAAUUGUAAUAACUUCAUUUUAUUUGCUAAAAAAGCUUUUCGUAAAAUUCUUUCAUAAAAAAAGCAAAAUUAAAAAACAAUAA